AUGGAAGAAGAAGAUGACUAUUCUGAGUAUGUACCUGUGGCGAAGAGGCGAGCUAUGGAAGCUCAGAAGAUUCUUCUGCGCAAGGGAAAGUCUUCCGGGCUUGAAGAGGAUUUGGAGAAAUCAAAGCUUGCUGAAGCCAAACCUAGUCUCCUUGUUAAAGCAUCACAGUUGAAGCGUGAAGCUCCUGAGAUUACUCCAGCCGAGCAGAUGGUGCAACAAGAGAAAGAAAUGAUUGAGAACUUAUCGGAUCGCAAAACGCUUAUGUCAGUUCGUGAAUUAGCAAAGGGCAUCACUUAUACGGACCCUAUACCAACAGGCUGGAAAUCCCCAUUGCAUAUAAGAAGGAUGCCAAGCAAGCAAUGUGAUUUAGUCCGAAAGCAAUGGCAUAUCAUAGUUAGUGGUGAAGAUGUUCCACCACCUAUUAAGAAUUUCAAGGAUAUGCGAUUUCCUGAACCGAUUCUGAAGAUGUUGAAAACCAAGGGGAUUGUUCAACCAACCCCCAUUCAGGUGCAAGGUCUUCCGGUGAUUUUAUCAGGGAGGGAUAUGAUUGGUAUUGCAUUUACAGGUUCAGGAAAGACAUUGGUUUUUGUGUUGCCGUUGAUUAUGGUGGCAUUGCAAGAGGAGAUUAUGAUGCCAAUUGUUCCAGGUGAAGGGCCUUUUGGAUUGAUUAUUUGCCCAUCAAGGGAGCUCGCAAGGCAGACUUAUGAAGUGGUGGAAGAGUUUCUCAUUCCUUUGAGAGAGGCUGGAUAUCCAGAGAUAAGGCCUUUGCUCUGUAUUGGAGGAGUGGAUAUGCGGUCACAGUUGGAGAUUGUGAAGAAAGGCAUUCAUAUAGUUGUUGCUACUCCUGGAAGGUUGAAGGAUAUGCUUGCAAAGAAAAAAAUGAAUCUCAAUAAUUGCAGAUAUCUGACUUUGGAUGAGGCAGAUAGAUUGGUAGAUUUGGGCUUUGAGGAUGACAUAAGAGAAGUGUUUGACCACUUUAAAGCUCAACGACAAACACUGUUAUUUUCAGCCACCAUGCCCACAAAAAUUCAGAACUUUGCUAAAAGUGCUUUGGUAAAACCUGUCACUGUAAAUGUGGGAAGAGCUGGAGCAGCAAAUCUUGAUGUGAUUCAGGAGGUUGAGUAUGUGAAGCAAGAGGCCAAGAUUGUUUACCUUCUUGAAUGUCUACAAAAGACCCCACCUCCAGUUCUAAUAUUUUGUGAAAACAAAGCUGAUGUGGAUGACAUUCAUGAAUAUCUUCUGUUAAAAGGAGUGGAAGCAGUGGCCAUUCAUGGAGGGAAGGAUCAGGAAGAGAGAGAGUAUGCCAUUUCUUCCUUCAAGGCAGGGAAGAAAGAUGUCUUGGUUGCCACUGAUGUUGCCUCCAAGGGUUUGGAUUUUCCUGAUAUUCAACAUGUCAUAAAUUAUGAUAUGCCACCAGAAAUUGAAAACUAUGUUCACAGGAUUGGACGAACUGGAAGAUGUGGCAAGACUGGAAUAGCAACGACAUUUAUAAACAAGAAUCAAACUGAGACAACUCUUCUUGAUUUGAAGCAUCUCUUGCAAGAGGCAAAACAAAGGAUUCCACCUGUUUUGGCCGAGCUUAAUGAUCCAAUGGAAGAUGUGGAUGCAAUUACCGAUGCAAGCGGAGUUAAGGGUUGCGCUUAUUGUGGUGGGCUUGGUCAUCGUAUCCGUGAUUGCCCCAAACUAGAGCAUCAGAAAAGCAUGGCAAUUGCUAGCUCUAGAAGGGAUUAUUUUGGAUCUGGUGGUUACAGAGGGGAAAUAUGA